AGGCGCCGGCGAGCGGAGGCGGCCCCGACGCCGCGCCCGCGCCGGAACGUGUGCGCGGCCGCCGCCCCCCUCGGCCCUCCCCUCGGCCCUCCCCCAACCCCUCCGCCCUCGCGCGCCGCCAGCCCGGGUCGCUGCGGGGCCGUGGUGUACGUGCAGAGCGCGCAGAGCGAGUGGCGCCCGCACGCCCUGCGCUUCUCCACAGCCUGGGCCCGGUCGCCCGGGACGCUAAGGCGGCGGCCGAGGUGGCCGGUCGCUCGCGCCGAGCCGAGGUCGCCGCUCGCCAAACAGGCCGCGCUCCCCGGCCCGCGGAGGCAUGAAGCGCUGAGGCGGCCGCCGCCGCCACCGCCGUGCGGGACCCGUGGACGAGGAAGCGGCCCGGCCGAGGGCGCGCGGUGCCGGCCUCCCUGAGGCGAGGGGUGGCGGCUGCAUGGCUCAGUAGCGGCCCUUUUCUCUACCCCCGCUCCCCGGCUCCGGGCGAGGCCGCCCGGCCGCUACCCCUCCUGCUCGGCCGCCGCCGUCGCCGCCGCCAUGGCCAAUGACAGCGGCGGGCCCGGCGGCCCGAGCCCGAGCGAGCGAGACCGGCAGUACUGCGAGCUGUGCGGGAAGAUGGAGAACCUGCUGCGCUGCAGUCGCUGCCGCAGCUCCUUCUACUGCUGCAAGGAGCACCAGCGCCAGGACUGGAAGAAGCACAAGCUCGUAUGCCAGGGCAGCGAGGGCGGUCACGGAGCGGGCCCGCACCAGCAUUCCGGCCCCAUGCCGCCGCCCGCCGCGCCGCCGCCCAGGGCCGGGGCCCGGGAAGCCAAGAAGGCAUUGGCGCUCCGGGACGGCGCCGCCGCAUCGCCGGCCACUCGGGACGCGGUCAAGGCGAAGGCCAAGCCCGCGGCCGACCCCGCGGCGGCGGCGGCGGCGGCGGCCGCGCCUCCGCCUCGCGCGGCCCCCGGCGGCCAGGGCCCGGCAGCGGCGGCCGAGGCGGAGCCCGGGAAGGAGGAGCCGCCGGCCCGCCCGUCGCUGUGUCAGGAGAAGGCGAACCUGUGCCCCCCGAGCUACGCGCCCGGCGACGGGCUGAGCCACAGCGGGGGCCUGCGGCCCAACGGGCAGACGAAGCCCCUGCCGGCGCUAAAGCUGGCGCUCGAGUACAUCGUGCCCUGCAUGAACAAGCACGGCAUCUGUGUGGUAGACGACUUCCUGGGCAAGGAGACGGGCCAGCAGAUCGGCGAUGAGGUGCGCGCUCUGCACGACACCGGCAAGUUCACGGACGGGCAGCUGGUCAGCCAGAAGAGCGACUCGUCCAAGGACAUCCGGGGCGAUAAGAUCACCUGGAUCGAGGGCAAGGAGCCCGGCUGUGAAACCAUCGGGCUGCUCAUGAGCAGCAUGGACGACCUGAUCCGCCACUGUAACGGGAAGCUGGGCAACUACAAAAUCAAUGGCCGGACGAAAGCCAUGGUUGCUUGUUAUCCAGGCAAUGGAACGGGUUAUGUACGUCAUGUUGAUAAUCCAAAUGGAGAUGGAAGAUGUGUGACUUGUAUAUAUUAUCUUAAUAAAGACUGGGAUGCCAAGGUAAGUGGAGGUAUACUACGAAUUUUUCCAGAAGGCAAAGCCCAGUUUGCUGACAUUGAACCCAAAUUUGAUAGACUGCUGUUUUUCUGGUCUGAUCGUCGCAACCCUCAUGAAGUACAACCAGCAUAUGCUACAAGGUACGCAAUAACUGUUUGGUAUUUUGAUGCAGAUGAGAGAGCACGAGCUAAAGUAAAAUACCUAACAGGUGAAAAAGGUGUGAGGGUUGAACUCAAUAAACCUUCUGAUUCAAUCAGUAAAGACGUCUUAUAAAGCCUUUGAUCCAGCAAUAUCUUACUUCAUCUUCAAUAAUUGUUGAUGCUGUUUGUUAACUUGUGAAUAAAUGAGAUAAAGAAAAAUAGACCACCAGUUGACAUUUUAAUAAGGAAACAAAGAACUUUUUUGUGUUUCAUCAAACAGAAGAUUUUGACUGUUAUGAGUGUGUACUGCAUGAUCGACUCCAAAUCUGUGACUGCUUAUGGGAAGAAGAUAAGCUACCAAAUGAAAAUGGUUUUUACAUCUGGACAUGAAAUAAGUGCCCUAUGUAGAAUUUUUUUCAUUCUCAUAUUUUGCCAGAUCUGUCAUCUAGCUGAGUUCAUUUCAUCUCUCCCUUUUUUAUAUCAAGUUUGAAUUUGGGAUAAUUUUUCUAUGAUUAGGUACAAUUUAUCAAAACUGAAUUGAGAAAAAAAUUACAGUAUUAUUUCUCAAAAUAACAUCAAUCUAUUUUUGUAAACUUCUUCAUAGUAUUAAAUUUUGCCCUAAAAGACCUUAAUUAUGAUUGUUGCCAGUGACUGAUUUUCUUUUUACUUAAAAUAAGAAAAGGAGCACUUUAAUUACAUCUGAAAAAUAAGUAUGUUUUGUAGUCCUAUCUUAUACUAAUUUGAACUCUUAAAGAUUGCUGCUGUCUUUCACAUUGUUAGUAAUGAAACCUAACAGUAAAAUAGUCACCAUUUACUAUCAAUAACUUUAAUUCAUGUUUUAUAAGAAAAAAUACACAGUAAGAAGGGUUUCUUUUUUAAGUUGAAUUUUUUUAAAAACUAAAGUGACUGGCACUAAAUGAACUUGAGGUUAUCCUCAACUUCAAGUUCCUAAGAUAAAAGGGCUUUCUUAAGCUUUCAGGUUUAUCCUGUAGAUGUAGACAGUAAUGUCCCAUUUCUAAUCUUUUGCUUCUCCUCACACUGAUCGUACUUCCAAACCUGGUAUUAUGUUUUCUUCCUAAUACUAUGAUCCAUUUGAUCUGGAGAUCACAACCGUCUCUCUUGAAACGUUAUUGGGGAGGUUAUGUACGCAUUGAGCCAACAGGUGUUGUUAUAGACUUGAUGUUCACUGACUCUGCAGACAGCUGUUGAGGCAUUCCCCAAAUGCAAUAUCAGCCUUCUUACCAGUACUAAAAGAUUUAGCUUAGGGGGGGAAAAAAAAAACGCAAAACCAGAUAAUUUUAUUUUUGUGUUUCAUGGGUUUUCUUGUUUACUUUUUAGACAAAGAGAAGAAAUAUUACAAAAUCACACAAGGCCUACCAGACUUCUGUAUUUAAAGAACGAAUUAGGAUGACUGUCUUAGCCUUCACUUUCCUGGGUUCUUUAGCAAAGCUGAAAGGGUGUAUCCAUAUUUUGCAGAAAUUAAGGGUGUAAGUCUUUGCCCACUUAGGUUUUCUGUCUCUGUCCUUGAUCUUCUUUGCCAAAAUGUGAGUAGACACAAAUUUUCUGUAUAUUUCAACUAUAAGACAUUUUUAGCAUCUGUAUAGUUUGUAUUCAAUUAGAGGCCUUUUCGGAAAGCUCAGUAAUUUUUAUUAAAAGAUUGCUAUCGUUCAUGUAAAACAUGAAAAAAAUUGCUUAGUGAAAAUGACAGUGUGAACUUAGGGUGGGAUUAAAUAUUCAGUAUUGUGAUCUCACUUAACAGAAAUUACAGGAGAACAUGAUAGUUUAUUGUUGUUCUUCCUUUCCUAUAUUCGGUUUUGUUCCAUUUCCUCUCCUUCACUCCAGAUGGUAACAAAACAUCUCUACAGUAAGUGCCUCUGUCAACCCAGCUUGGGAGUGCAAAUUAUCUUUACCAUGUGGUCUACAGUAUGGUGCAUAGCAUUAGGCCACAACUCAAAAGCACUGUCAUUUUUAGUGUUAGCAGAAAUUGUCUUAUGUUGGUGGGAGGUUUGUUUGAUUGUCAAGAUAUACAGCAACAGCCUUUAAAUUUGGGAGCCCCUGUUGUCAUUCAAAUGUGUACCUCUACAAUUGUACAAAGUAUCAGAUUCUACUAUUUGUGGGUUGUGCUUGCCAGAUAGGUCUUAAAACUUGUGUAUUUUUGGGAAAAGUUUAUAUACGUUUUUGGAAAUCAUUGUGAAAGAUCAAGAAAUCCGGAUAGCCAUUUCUUUAAUAUCCAUUUAAAAUCUGUUUAUUUCAUGCUAGUGGCAUCAUUAACUUGUCACCAAGCAGGACUCUAUUUAAAACUAUUUAUGGCCUGUAUGUGUUUAAUCUGGUUAAAGAUAAAGCUUCAUAAUGCUGUUUUUAUACAACACAUUAACCAGCUAUAAAACACAGAUCUUUAUCAAUAGCAGACAAAGAAUUUCAGGAUGCAUAUACAGAGAGACUAUAAAGUCAUGUAGUUUGAAAAGUGGUGUUUCAUUAUGAAAGAGCUCUCAAGUUGCUUGUAAAGCUAAUCUAAUUAAAAGAUGUAUAAAUGUU